UGAGUCUCAUUAUUAUCUGCAUGGCCGAGGAAGCCUAGCUUGCAGCGGCCAUUGGGAAGCCCAGCAGUCUCUCUGUGGCCCUGGGCAAUUUGCCUAGGAAGAGCCCCCCUCCAAUCAUGGCUCAAGGCAGCUUGCCUCUUAAGGUCUGCAUUGUGGGCUCAGGAAACUGGGGAUCUGCUGUGGCUAAAAUAAUAGGCAAAAAUGUAAAGACGGUGCAGAAAUUUGCUUCUACAGUGAAGAUGUGGGUUUUUGAAGAAACCAUUAAUGGAAGAAAAUUGACAGAUAUCAUAAAUACUGACCAUGAGAAUGUAAAAUAUCUCCCUGGUUACAAGCUACCAGAAAAUGUGGUUGCUGUUCCAAAUUUGAAAGAAGCUGUAAAAGAUGCAGACUUGUUAGUUUUUGUCAUUCCUCACCAGUUUAUUCAUAAAAUUUGUGAUGAGAUCACUGGGCGUGUGGCCAAGAAAGCCGUUGGUAUAACUCUCAUUAAGGGAAUAGAUGAAGGCCCAGAGGGACUCAAACUCAUUUCAGACAUAAUCCGAGAGAAAAUGGGAAUAGACAUUAGUGUGCUGAUGGGAGCUAACAUUGCCAAUGAGGUAGCCGCAGAGAAGUUCUGUGAAACCACAAUAGGUUGUAAAAUUUUGGAAAAUGGCCAGCUCUUCAAAGAACUUCUUCAGACUCCAAAUUUCCGAAUAACUGUGGUAGACGAUGCUGAUACCGUAGAGCUUUGUGGUGCUCUUAAGAAUAUAGUGGCAGUGGGAGCUGGUUUUUGUGAUGGCCUUCGCUGUGGUGAUAACACCAAAGCAGCCGUCAUUAGACUUGGACUCAUGGAAAUGAUUGCAUUUGCAAAGAUCUUCUGCAAGGGGCAAGUGUCUACAGCCACUUUCCUGGAGAGCUGUGGCGUUGCAGAUCUCAUUACAACAUGCUAUGGUGGCCGCAACCGGAGAGUGGCUGAAGCAUUUGUUAAAACUGGAAAGUCUAUUGAAGAAUUGGAACAAGAGAUGCUCAAUGGGCAAAAGCUGCAAGGGCCACAGACAUCAGCAGAAGUGUAUCGUAUCCUGCAACAGAAAGGACUAGUAGAGAAAUUUCCACUGUUUGCUGCUGUCUAUCAAAUCUGCUACGAAGGGAAACCUGUCCAAGAGAUGAUCUCCUGUCUCCAAAGUCAUCCACAGCACAUAUAAAGCAUACUUUUACCAUUGUCACAGCUCCUGCCUUCUCAUGUCCAUUGAUGUAAUCUGUUUCACCAGAAGCUACUUCAUGAAACAAUUUUAGCACUAUGAAUGCCUCUGGGCUUGUGUAGGUCAUUUUACUGGGUGUAAUAGUGAAAUUCUUAAGAUGCCACCUUGGUUAGAAGUCAAGAGGUUUCUAGAUAUACAAUGCAGGACUUAAACAGUCCUCUAAGUAUACAUGUAUAUCUCUUCACACUAGGAGAGAUGCUUAAUGUUUUGUGACCUUCAUUCUCUUUUUGUGUCUGAACCAGUAUUUAUUCUUUUCAUGUAUGGAAGCCACUAGUGAUAAUGGAAGGACCGUGGGGAAGAUUUCUUCUUCCUUUAUGGCAAGGCUAGGAAGCAUAUGCUUCUUCAGGUGUGGUUGGACUGCAGUUUCCUUGAGCCCUACCUUGCAUAGCUAAUGGAGUGUAGUCCAACUACAUCUGGAGGGCCUCAGGUUUCUUCAUCCUAACUGACGGGGAUGCAAUAUGGCCUGAAAUGCAUUUUGUCUUGAUGCUGUUUGCUGAAAUGUGCUAAGCUUUCUGUAGAGCUUUUAAUCAGCAUUCCUUGCCUUUGAUUGAAGUUAAUUGACAGACAUUAUAAUGAGAAUCAAUUUGAUAGCAUUUACAAAGUGGGGCACUUUGAUCUUUUUACAUUGUAAACUAAAUAUAUUUGCAGAGAUACAAAAAUUAAAUUUUUAAGUGGGUGCAAUAUUAUUAUUUUUUUAGGGGAAUACUGUUAACAGUACCACCUGUUCUCACCUAUUUUUCUCUGUUCUUUGGUUUAUUGGUGGGCUUCUUCCAUUUUCUCAUUGUGAGACUUUUUAGUAAAUGAGGUCAUUUAUAAGCAUAGCUUGGUGCUUAGCAUCACACAUUUUAAAUUAAAGAACACAUGAACUGAGUGUGGGUAAGCUUUUGGUGGGAAAUCGUUGGGUCUCCAGAUGUCUUGAGGUACAACUCCCACAAUUUCUUGCCACUGACCAUGCUUGCAGAGAUUUCUGGGAGUUGAAGUCCCAGACCAUUGCGGGGGGGGGGGGGGCAGAGGUUUCCCACUAUAAUACAGGAGGUUGAAAGGACCAGGACCAUUUGAAUACUCAUUGACAUCUUGGCCCACCUUUCGUCACAUUCUGGUAAGAUUUUGCCAUUGGUUUGUUAGCAUGCUUCUGUGUAUUAGUAAAUUUGUGCUAGUAAUUCGUGCUAGUAACUGCUGGUAAAUUGUGUUGGGGUAAUGGUGUGGAAGAAUGCUUAUGAUUUUCUCAACUUUUUAUUGUUUGUCUGCUCCAAGAAUUUCAUUUGAAAAAGCCAGUAGGGAACAUCCCUAGCCUCUCUUGUACUGAACUUUCCUUUCAGAGGAAGAUUCCUACAUAGAAAGCUUAGCUGUUUGAUUGUUUUAUAUGCCCACUGGCUAUGUGGAUCUGAUCCUGCAGUUCUGGGACCCAGCUAUCCAGCACUCUGGAAGUUUUAUUAAUGUCAGUAAUCCACCAGUGGUUGCUCAGAUUACCACGCACCAAGGAAUGUGUUGGGAAUUCCCAUUAAUGUAGGGGUGAAGCAUGUGUGGCCCUCUAGAUGUUGUUGGAAUGAAUGUUCCAUCAGUCCUAACCAACAAAGCAAAUGUGAAGGAUGAUGGGCAUUGUAGUCCAGCAGCUACUGGAUGGUCACAUGUUAUCAUCUCUGCAUUAACACAUGAUUGUAUCUUUCAAUGAAUAAUGUCACAUUAAUGAUUGUUUAUUUGAGUGCCUGUUGCUGUGCCGACAGCCUGCCUGAGGUACCUUUUAGAAAUUCAUUUAACAAUACUCCAUUGCCUUCAAAUGGGAGUUUUUUUUCCCUCGAAGCUAUUCCUAGUCUAAGCUGCCUUUACUUCCCUUGUGUCUUAAAGGACUUAAUAACUGAAAUUACCUGCUCUUGAGAUAGAAUAAGUUAAAGAAUGUAAUGUAUCCCUUAAUUUCCUUGUUUUGGUUAACUACCUGUCAUAGAAGAAAGAUACUUUUUGAAAAACGCAUUGUAAAGAAAACUAUUCAUGCAAUAAUUGAAUAGCUGUGAAUAAUGCCAAGUGUGUAGAAUAACAAAACUAAAUCUUGUUCUGCUAAAGUGCUGUAUUAUUUAUUAAAGUUUUUUCCUGCAUUUGUUCCAGGGAGACUAAAAAGGCAUACCUGCCGUUUCUUCCUCCACUAAUUCACCCUCAUAACAACCUCUGAGGUAGAUGAGGCUGAGAAUUAGUUACUUUCCAUGUUUACCCAAUGAAUUUCAUGGCAGUGGUGGAUUGUGAAUCUGGUUCCCCUGAGUCAUAGUUGACACUUAAACCUAGCCUCCCCCAACCUAAUGCACUUCAGAUACGUUGGAUAACAACUCCUAUCAUUCACAAUCAAGGGUCUUAGUAUGACAAGUCUGAAGGGCACCAGGAUGAGGAAAGCUGCUAAAAUCGUAAUUAACUUUUCAUACAUUCCUGGCAGAGAGGAGAUAUUCUCUCUUGUUUGAUAGUCCAGAAUGCAGCUUCCCUGUCACUUGUGCAACUCACAAUCUGUUUGUAGUAUACUGUUGUCCUGUUUUAAAUGCAGCAAAAGUAACCUGAGUAGGCUUCUUGUGUAAUCAUUUAACAUGUUCAGUCAUUUGUAGAAAUCUAUGCUGUCUCAGGUGCAUUAACUAUAGACCUUGAUCAUGCUUAAAGCUUGAAUGGGAAUUGUUUUAUGUAUCAUGUCCUUGACCACACGCACAAUACCAUGUAGAAAAGAUGAUGGAAAUUGUUUGUAGAUAGAGACCACAAAAUUUUUUGUAUAUGGCAUCCUUAAUGUUCAGGGAUGAUGGAAAUUGCAGGCCAGCAAUAUAUGUAGGGACUCUCCUACAAAUGGAAAGUUGUUUCAUAUAUGGAAAUCAGAUUUGGAAAAGUUGUCAAAGUUUAGUACUCAACGCCAAUGAAAAAUAAGCAGUUGUUAAUUUCACAGGGUACAUUUUGCCUUAUUAUCUCAGUCAGGAAGUGAGGAUGGCCAAUACUUGGAGUGGCUUCAAUGUAAAACAGUAGUGUGAGAUUUGUUUAAAAAUAUAAGGAUGUGCAUGUGAGAGAGCCAUUUGUGGGGUAUAAUGGGGAGAAAGCCGACAUUUAUGGUAUGUAAAGCCUUCUCAUCUUAUGUGAAAUGAUGAUCUUUCAAUCUAUGAAUAAUCUAGUUUAAUGGGUCUGCCUUUUUUAACAUGUAGUAUAUGUAACCAUUUGUUUUUGUGUAUGUAAUGCAUGAAGGGCUCUGUAAACUGAAUGUGAUUAUAUGUAUUCACUCCACUUCAUGAAAUGAAGACUUGUGUUUUUUCUUGUAAAGUCAUUUGAUUUUUUGAAAUCUGAUUGAAAAAUUACUGAAUGCUUCCUCCAAGAUCUACUCAUUUUUAUUUUUUCAAUAAAAUGUAAGGUUCAGUGUGUGUGUA